AAAAUUUUUCUGAUAGUAAAUUUUAAAAAAUAUGUAGAUUAAAAAAAUUAACUACAACGAAGAACUAUAAUGAAGACUGCUGUUGUUAAUGUAUUGAACGGAGAAGCGUCAGUUGAUCCUCUUUUAGUUAAAUUUACUAAUGGCGAUGUAAACAAAGAAUGUAAUGAUCAAUUGAAGUUGACGCUUUAUAAGAGUUCAGACACUCAGGAUGAAAGAAAAAAGCAUAGGAAGAUUUUGGUUGCAGAGAGCAGUAAAAUGAAAUAUUCUGGAAGUAAUUUUGGUAUGGCUGCAAAAUCAAAUACCAUGUGCAGGUACUUGGUUGGAGUUUUCAAUAAGAAAAGUUCUACAUUGGAUGUGUAUAAUUCAACAAUGGUGACUUUACAACCUAAAAUUUACACUGAUGAAAAAGAUGAACCUGAAAUGCAAUCUAACAUUUCAUAUAUGGAAAAGAAUAAUCUACUAGUGGAGGCAUUUGGGAGUAAAAAAAAGAAAAAAGCAAUGAUGUCAAGAAUAAGAAAUAAGAUUGACUCUGAUGAUCUUGAAAAAUCUGUUUCUAAAGUCUUUAAUCACAUGAAGAAUGUGGAGGAACAUGAAGAAGCGAAGCCUUCUUUACAAACUAUUGAAUAUGACAUAUUACCUCAAUUCAACAAAGAUGCUAAAAGUCCAGCUAUGAUUUAUCCAUUAUCUAGUUUAUUAAGUAAUGAAGAUUUAGAUGCUUUAAAAUUGCCUGUCAUGGAGAUUCUAACUAAUCUCAAAUCAGAGAAGGAUGUUUGGCACAAAGAAAAUAAAUUUCCAGAGUAUGUAUUUUCGCACUUUGAUGUCUUACCAUUUAAUGAAGAGGAACGAAUAUUAAAAACAUCGUUUUUGCUGUAUUUUUCUUAUCUGUUACGAUGUUAUCAUCUCAACUACAAAUCAUUAAGAGUUAAAGAUCCCUUACCAGAUUUACCGACGAGAAUAAAGAGUAAAAUAUUCUCGUUAUUUUCUCUUCAGCAGAAGAACGUUAGAUGUAUUCCGAAACGAUUGAAAGAUAAAUUAGUGUGUUAUAUAGUCGUGAUGUCCUUGAUCAUUGAUGGAAAUACAAUUGACUGUUUGUUGAUUCGUAAGGAUUUAAAAAUGUCGUUACAGAAAUUUAUGAACUUUGCAAAGUUUGUUGGAUGCACAAUUGAAUCUAACACAAGGUCAAGAAAACGCAAGGCAGGCGAUGAUAAUCCAGCUGAAUAUAAACGAGCCAUUCUUAAAGUUCCUUUGCCAAAAAACUUUCCUCAUCACAUGCCAUUGGCAACUGGUCGUAAAAAGUAAACAUUGGUAAUUAGAAAAUAUCGUGUAAGUGAAUAGUUCACUUUAUGUAGCCACCACGUUUGCAGUUAUAACAUGUGAGAAAUUACAUGAUCUAACUGUGGAAGUUAUACUAAGCUUAUACGCAAUGAACUCUUUUCGUAUUUGGAGAGCGCGUGUGAUAAACUAAAUUAAGUUUGCAGUGAAUGUGAAUACGGUUUAUUCUUUUUAAUUCAUUGUUGGUGAAUCAA